AUGGCCACAAUCGCCGUACCCAGACCCAUCGUACCGCACCGUGCCUCCUCGGGCAUCGUCACCCUCUCCCCUCCGAUAACUCUCGAAACCAUUGACACCCAACAGGCAUCAUGUGCUAUACCCAUCCCGAACAAGCAUCUCCCCGUCUGCCCAACCGGCCCGGCUCCUGUGCAAGAGCCCAACACUCCGCCGCCGUCUCCCGCGCGCGAGAACGACGGCAGACGACCGUCUCUGCUACACCCCCCAGAUAGAUACACCCGUCUGGAGUCAGGGCCCCUCUCCAUCUUCAGCGUCAAUGCCGCCCAAGUCGCAGCCGCCAUCGAGUACAUCUCUGGCACCUCCUUGCCGGACCCCUCCCAGGUCUUCCCGUGGUUCCACGGCUUACACCCGGCCAACAAUAUCCAGCAGGCUUUCUUCGUCGCGAAGAGGAGGACCCUGCGGAGGACCCCCAGCUGCUUACGAGGAGUCACCAUUGUCAAGGCCGAUGGCAAUCUCGCUGCCUCUCGGCUCAAGGGGGCCAUUGCGCCACACGAGUUCCUGCAGCCCGGCUCAGAGGGGGAGUUCAUCGAAGCCGAUCCCAAGGUAGGCUUCUCGGUAAGGAACUUCCAGAUUCAGGCCGCCAAAACAGCUGCCACCUCGGACAUUGUCGUGUACGGUGACGAUGCCACCAUGGUUCGAAAACUGGCAUGGGAGAUCGCCUCGGCCCAGUCCAAGUGGCGACAAAAGCACCAGCACCAGGGCCACCCACUGCCGCAAUAUAAUACCUUCAUCUGCGUCGACCCCUUCACAAAGUUCGAAAAGAAACACAGCCAAGUUGUGGCCGUCGACUCGGCCGGACAACUGACCGGCGCCGUCCUGGAUUUCUUCCACCAAGAGAGGGCUGAGAUGUAUGCCAUGACGAAAGCAUCCGAGAUUUCGCAUAACGUGUGGCUGGGACCAACGCCAGAACCGGCGGGCGAGGAGGAGCAGCAAUAUGACGUUCUCGUCGAAUGCAGCGACCUCGGUCGACUGAACCCGGCCGCGCUGCAAGCCAUUGCCGAAGGGUCGAGCGACGGCGUCAAGCGUUCCUACCUCGACUUUCCCUCGUCGGGAAGCAUCCUGCCCCCAACAUGGUCCCAUGACGAGGCAGACGGCAUUCUGGACACGUGCAAGUGGAUCUGGCAUCUCGCUCAUGGGACUUUGCCGCCCAAGGAAGACGCCGACGCCGAUGGAGACUCGUUUAUGUCUGAUGGCUCCGAGACGACCGAGGUAAUCAAGCCAUCCCGGCCGCGCAAGAUCCUGAUCCACUGUGCCGACGGCUAUACCGAGUCUACCAUGCUAGGCAUUGCCUACUUUAGCUACAGCACAGGCCGGCCGGUUCCCGAUGCCUGGCUGGAGCUGCACACGGUUGCGAAGCGGAACUUCUUCGCCUAUCCCACAGAUGUGUCUUUGCUCCAUUCGCUAACGACCCGUCUACUUCGCGAAUCGCCCGUCUGCGCAGAUAAAGGCCUCACGGAAAUCACGAAACUCGUCAACAACGAGCCCAAGUGGUUCGCCUCGCUGGACGGUUCCCUUCCCAGUCGGAUUCUCGACUACAUGUACCUGGGUAACCUCGGUCAUGCGAAUAACCCCGACCUACUGAAGGCGCUGGGCAUCACGCAGAUACUGAGCGUUGGCGAGACGACCAUGUGGAGGGACGGCGAGUUGGAGCAGUGGGGGGUCGACAACGUGCUGCUGAUCCAGGGGGUGCAGGAUAACGGCAUCGACCCGUUGACCGAUAAUUUCGAAAAGUGUCUGGAAUUUAUAGAGCGCGGCCGUCGGAACGGCACUGCGACCUUAGUCCACUGCAGGGUAGGCGUCUCCCGUAGCGCCACCAUCUGCAUCGCCCAAGUCAUGCGCUCCAUGAACUUGUCUUUCCCGCGGGCGUAUUGCUUCGUCCGGGCGCGGCGGCUGAAUGUCAUUAUCCAGCCGCACCUGCGCUUCGCCUUCGAGCUGCUGAAGUGGGAGGAAUCGCUGCAGACGAAACACCACGCCCGAGACAAGCUGUUCGGCACCGACGAAUCUCGGCGGGAAUUAGAAUGGGGCGAGGUCGCCAGAGAGAUCGCGCUCAUGAACAGACCUUAUGCCAGAUAG